AUGUCGGAGCAGCGCAUCACUGUCGCAGUGCGUAUUCGUCCACCGAUCGGGUGUGAGCGCUACGAGCCCAUAUGCGUUCGCAAAGCCGACGAUAACCAGACCAUCACCAUUACCGCCGAAGAAACGUCUGCAAACGUCAGUGGUGCUAGUACCUUUCAAUUUGACUACGUCUUCGACGAGGCCGAUGAUCAGGUCUCCGUGUACGACGAGGGCGUCCAGGAAACGGUGGAUCAUGCCCUCUCGGGCUUCAACGCCACGGUCCUGACGUACGGCCAGACCGGCUCAGGUAAGACCUACACCAUUCUAGGUAGCAAGUCAUCGAACGGCAAAGUCACGGCAGAGUCCGGUGUCUUCAUGCGAGUUUUCGAUGACCUGUUCAUGUACAAGGAAUCUGUCAAGGAGCGAAUCCACAUUAUCAUCACCCUCUCCGCACUGGAGCUGUACGUCGAGGACGUGAUGGACUUGCUAUCGGACAAGAGAAAGCUGAAGCUGCGCGAGACACCAGAGGAGACGAUCACGAUUGGCAUCAACACAGUGGAGGUGCGCACCAUGGCGGAUGUCGAGCGUAACUUCGAUAUCGCAAACUCCUUCCGCUCCGUGACGGCCACAAAGAUGAACGACACCAGUUCUCGCAGCCACGCGCUCUUCUUCAUUGACCUCUUUCAAGUUCAGGUGGAGAAGUCGCCGCAGCUGCCAGAAUUGUCGCAGCUCGUUGACGAAACGGGCAUGUCUCUGUCGAAGGGCAUUCCUGGCGUUAUCAAGUCCCGUAUCGCCCUCGUUGAUCUCGCCGGCAGCGAACGGGUGAAGCGCUCCGGUGUCACUGGGCAGGCCAUGGUGGAGGCGCAGGCAAUCAAUAAGUCCCUUUCCACUCUCGGGACGGUCAUCAACGCCAUGUAUCUGCAGAAUUCGCACAUUCCGUUUCGCGAAUCCAAACUGACGAAGCUGCUGAAGCCGUGCUUUGUCGACACUAACUCGCGUCUGCUACUGAUUGGGCAGGUGGCACCGCCGUCGAACAGCGCCUCCGAGUCGCUGGGGACGCUUCGCUUCUGCGACCGUGUCAAAGGGCUCAAGGCCGGGCAGGUGAUGGGUUUCAGCGACCCAGCCGCCGAGGAAGCUUUUCUGCGGUCGCGCCGCGCCAACGAGGAGCUGCUAGCCGAGAUGCGCAUUCUCAACGCACAGUACUACUACGAGGUGGUGAGCGUGCGGCGCCUCGCGGCGGCCAAAGGCGUGUCCGUGGACCAGGAACGGCAGCGCGUCGUGGCAGAACUGAAGGCCGGGGCGGCAGAUCUCGUGGAGCGCAAGGAGCGCGAGGCGCUGGAGAAGGCGGAGCGCGAGGUGAAUGCGCAGCGAGAUGCCGAGGUGGAGCGGUUUGUGUUGCACAUGAACAACCUCAUCGAAGAGUACGAGCAGGUCGCCUACGCGGUCAAGAAGGAAAAGAAGGCGUUGAAGAAACUGAGAGAGGAGCAGGGCGCAGAGCAGGAGGCACAGCUUCAUGAGGCCAAGAAGAGCAAGAAGCACCGACUGAAGAUGCAGGAGGCUAUUGCCGAGGCACAGCAGAGCGUCGAGGCUAUGGUUUGUGAGGCUGAGACACUUAAUCGGCAGAUCGAGGCGGUGAAGAAAGAGACUGCGGCUGGUGCGAUUGACGACGUCGACGACGCUGCGCCUCCGAACAAGGCGAUGAGUAGUGCGGUUGAAGAGGCCACGCACAGUCUCGUGGAGUCCUUCUACAACCACGUUGCGGAGCAAAGUCGUCUCUACUCGAUGUUCGUGUCGCGUCUGUCCGCCACGAGACUGGAGCGGUCGCGGGUGCGACGGAUGAAGCUAAUGAGCUCCACGUUAGUGACGGAGGGUACCCUACUCUACGACCUGAUUGCUUUCCUAGUUGAGCGCGCUGUCGACGUGUCGGAGGGCAACGCGCUGCCUGGGGCGAAGUGGGGCUGGUUCGACGUCGACGGUCUUAGCCGGCGCCUCCUCUGCGGAGACGAGAUGUACCCGCCCAUGUUGCCGUCUGAGUUUGAGCAGCUCGACGCGGAGGCUCAACCGUGCCAUGAGGAGCCGCAUAAAAUCACUUUCCUCAGCUCUGAUGAGAGCGAUGGCGAGAACUCGCACCACGCCGCCGAAUCUCGUCGCAUUCGGCAGAUCCGUGACGCCGCCGCCUCCGCCAAGGCUGAGAACCUACACGCCUUACGCUCCAACGACAUGGAGGGCAGGGGCCACGGGUCCAGUAGCGGAGGCAGCUCUGACGGGGACAGCGAUGCCGGCAGGUCGAGCGGCAAAGGGUCCGCUCCUGCCUCAGCGCCGCACGGACACCAGUCAGAGUGGAUGGAUGGUCAGCUUGUCAGGGGGACGCCCCCCCCGGAUGCGGCGCUGGCGGUAGCGGAUACAGCAGAAGAUGCGCCGCCUGUGGCGAUCAAGUCAGAUGGGCGCAGCAAAAAGAAGGAUGCGAUAUCCGCAGACUCUGGGGCCGCCGGUGUCGCCUCUUCGAGUGAGAAAAACGGUGCUGUGGCGGCCUCUGCAGCGCAACCGCCAAAAACUAGGUCAGGUCGGCAUGGCAAAGCACGGAAUGUAGCGCCCACGGUGGCAGCCGCAUCAGAUGGUAGCGCUAGCGAUACGUUCGGUGACGAGUCGAGCGGGACAGAGGCCUCGUCGUCGCCAUCAGAGAGUGACGGUGAGGACGAGUCGGCGGCGGCUCGGAAGGCCCACAAGAAGAAAGAGCGGGAAGCUGCGUGCAUAGCCAGAGACAUCGAUGAGGACGAGCUCCCGGUGGACGCGCCGAACCCGUCCUACCAAGAAAAAGACUCUCGUGCACUAAUGAAGGUGUACGACUCGCCGACUCUCGUGCAAGACCUCAUCCGGUUCCUCCGCAGCGGCUCCCGCAUGACCAAGCACUGCCGUCGUGGCAAGCCCCAUCAACGCAUCUUCUGGGUCUCGACGCAACGCGGCAAGAGGGAGCUUUUCUGGAAAGAGCCGGACUCACGCAGCGCUGACUACUCGUGCAUUCAGCUUUCCGAUGUCAGCUUCAUCCAGCUUGGGUGCUUUGGUAAGGUGUUUUCUCGCCACCGAAUUCCCCCCACUGACCCUGCCUUUUUCCGCGCCUUCACAAUCGGGCUGAAGCAUGGUGGGCGAACAGUAGACAUUGUGGCGGAGACGCUGCCGGACUACGAGGCGUGGGUUGUUGGUCUCUCACACCUCGUCGCCGUCGACCCCGUCUGGGGCGGCAAGAUUGACCUCACCUUGGAGGUUGGCACUGACCGCCUCACCUAUUUUGAGGCGAGCGUGUGCGAGGCAAACUACAUACACCCCUUGGAGUAUCUGGAGCUGAAGAGGCGUGUUCAGCACGUCGCGAAGCGCACGAUGCAGGUGAUGGCGGAGUGUGGCAACGACACUGUGCGUGCCCAGGCGAUCCUCGGCGGCAUCCAUCCUCCAGCUGUGAACGGCAACUGCGCUGUGUACAUGACAAAAGGCGAGAUGCGUUUUUUGCUGGCCGACACCUUCGACAUAAUUCGGGUGUCGCGGCUGUGGAUGCUCUUCCAACAGAUGAACCUCGUCUACGACGACAACUUCACUCCCGCUACCGCGUUCGGCAUCACGCAGCGCGAAUCGUGA